AUGAAGAAAAUUUAUUUGAUUAUGGCAAUUGUAGGAAUUAAUGGAUUCGGAAGAAUAGGGAGAAUGUGUUUACGUGCAUGUAUUGAAAAAGAUAUUGCAGUUACGAUGAUUAAUGAUCCAUAUAUAUCGACCGAGUAUAUGAUAUACCUAUUUAAAUAUGACUCUACACAUGGACCCUUUGCUAUAAAAGUGGAAUGUGAAAAUGGACAUAUUAUUAUCGGAGAUAAUAGGAUAUCCACAUCACAAGAAAAAAAUCCAUGUAAAAUAAAUUGGAGAGAUGCAGGUGUAACAUAUGUAAUUGAAGCUACUGGGGUUUUCACUAAUCUAGAGAAAGCAAGCUUACAUAUGGAUAGUGGAGCCAGAAGAGUGAUUAUUACUGCACCUUCUAAAGAUGCACCAAUGAUAGUUUAUGGCGUGAAUCAUACGUGUUAUGAUCCGAAAAAAGGUAAAAUAAUCUCAGCUGCUUCUUGUACAACAAAUUGUGCAGCACCAAUCAUUCAAGUGAUGCAUGAUAAAUUUGAAGUUAUUGAAGUAAUGCUCAGUAGUGUACAUGCUUUAACAUCGAUGCAACGAACUUUAGAUGGGCCCAUAGAAAGGGAAAAAUCGUGGAGGGACGGUAGAGGUGCGCUGCAAAAUAUCAUUCCAACAUCUUCAGGUGCAGCCAAAUCUUUGGACAAAAUUAUCCCUGAUCUUAAAGGCAAAAUAUCUGCGAUAGCCUUUAGAGUACCGAUUCCAAAUGUUUCCUUGUGUGACAUGACUUUUAGGGUUAAUAAACCGACAUCGUAUGAAGAAGUGAAGGAGGCAAUGAAAACAGCAUCAGAAAAUGAUCUAAAAGAUAUAUUGAGUUAUUCAGAUGAUGAUUGUGUAUCAUCCGAUUUUAAUAACACAAGUUAUUCGUGUAUUUUCGAUGCGAAAGCUGGUAUUCCACAGACGAGCACGUUCAUUAAAGUUGUUGCCUGGUAUGACAAUGAAUAUGGUUAUGCACAUCGUGUAGUGGAUUUGAUAAAAUAUAUGUACCAAGUUGAUUCUGGUAAUAUACCAGUGCCUGUACAAGAGACAGAAAAAAGUGAAGAUUAA